UAUUGGCUCUUGAAAAUAAAUAAAUUAAUAAAAUCAUAUUUAUGUUUAGUUCAUUUAAUCUGAGCUUUUAAGAACAUUCACAUUUUUUAAUUUAUUAAUUUCAACAAAUAUAAUUAAGUCGAGCCGAGUUUGUGUUGUUCAUCUCGUGCAUUGCUUAAUUUGUGGACUAGUUAUGAAGUUUAUGGAGCACAGAUGACCCGCCCGAAUUACUUUACAAGACUCGCGGACUAACACCUCCCUUUAAACCCUUACACGCGCCGUUCCAACUCAUAACGGCUAGUUUCAGAUACCGAAGCUCAACGGCUCCUUAACGUUCUUUUAAAACUGAUAAAAGUUAAUACUCGCAAUCUUCAGAAGUUCAAUCAAGUCUUACAGACAAACGGCCAUCAGCUCCAGUUCCAUCUUCCCGCUCCUCUUCCCUCCUCUUCCACCCUUCUCUCUCUCACCCUUUGGCCUUUCUUUGCUUGGCUUUGGCAGUAGAAAUGGAAAAUCCCAGCUUAGCAGUAGUAGAGGAAGUCGAAGAUUUCUAUGAGAGGAUUGAAGCCCCAAAGUUCGUUGAUUUCACCAUCUCUGACAGCUCUUUUCCGGACCAUAGGUCUUGGUUCUGUGCUCGCAUCGGUUGUGACCAGAAACAUGAAGAGAUAGAUCCUGACGAGCUGAGACGAAGUUUCAUGCUACGGGUUAUGACAGCUAGAAGUCCAAAUGUAAGGUUUCAGAGAGCAUUGAACAGGCAGGGUUUAAGAGCAAACACAAAAUGCCCACAAUCAGUCCCAGCUAAAUCAACCAAAAAUGGAAUUUCCAGAAUGAGUACCCUGAAUUCAAUCAAAGAGAAAAUCACUAUGUCCAAGCUAAAGCAACAUCCGAUAAGUAGUUUUAGAGAGACACCGAUUCAGAAGAGAGCAAAAUUGCCUACAUUGACAAGUGAGAAGAAACAAAACACAACCAGCAAGAAAAACUCACAUGCCAAAUACCUGAAGAUACCUGAUACUUUUGUGGCGUCAAAGGAUAGAAAUUUGGUCAAGUCAGCUGGGUCAAGUAAAGUUCCAAUUUCAAAGAUUUGUUCUGAUAAGAAGAAAAAGAAGAAGAUAAAUACAGGAGGUGAAAGCAAACGUAUGAGCCCAUGUUCUUAUGCAAUUGGUUCCAACAAAUGUAAGGGAUCUUCCAUUUCAUCAAAAAACAUCACAGCAGUUGGAUCAAAGAUUGGUAACCACAACAUUCUUAGAGAAGCGGAACAGAACGUGAUGAAAGGUUUUCAGAUUGUUGCAGGAAGUAAUGGGCCAGAGAAUUUAGUAGAGAACAAUACUAAUGCAGUAAAGCGAACCAAUGAAGAACUUCUAGUUGUCACAAAUUAUAAAAUUGUAAGCCAAUCUGAAGCAUCAAUCAAUCCAAGUAAAGAUGAAGUAGAAAAUAGAGAUCUGAAAGUUUCCAGUGGAGUAUCCAAUCAGACUAAAACUACUUGUAAUGUUACCAACGAUGAUGAUAAGGAGAACACUUUGUUCAAAGAUUAUAAACUUAUAAGCGAUUCUGAAGCAUCAAUCAAUCCAAGUAAAGAUAGAGUAGAAAAUAGAGAUUUAAAAGUUUCCAGUGGAGUAUCCAAUGAGAUUAAAACUGCUUGUAAUGUUACCAACGAUGAUGAUAAGGAGAACACUUUGUUCACUUCUGUAAACAACAAUCUGCAGCCAAAGGUGGCAAUUUCUAAGGUUAAGAGCUUGCAGUUUCAGAAUUCAAAUCCUCAGGAAGCUCAAAACAAAGCUUUCCAGGCAGUAAAACCCAAGAGAACAACAAACCCCAAACCUUUCAGAUUAAGAACAGAUGAAAGAGGAAUUCUUAAAGAGGCAAAUUUGGAGAGGAAGCUCAAAGUUGAGUUCAGGAAAGAACCUGCAACACUGUUCAACAAUAUACAAGAAACAAAUUCUCAAGCCAAAUUUGCCAAUAGUACACAGGCUCACAAGCAGCUGGAUAGUAAAAAACAGAAGAUAAUACAAGAAUCACAUUGUAAAAGUUUAAAAAUGGCAUCAACGAAGCAGCAACUGAAGAUCACAAGUGCAGGGGAGGAAAGAAAGGCUCCCGGCUACAUGCAAGGAAGAAAGCCUGCAAAAAUUCCCAAGGAACCAAAGCUCCAGCUGCAAGGAAAAGGGCCUGCAACAAUUCCUCUGCAACAAUUCCCAAGGAAUCAAUGCUCCACCUGCAAGGAAAAAAGCCUGCAACAAUUCCCAAGGAACCAAUGUUCCACCGAAUCCAUGUGCCGAAGAACUGCAUCAGGAGGAGGUUUGAAAUGGCCGCUUCAUGAAAUUUAAUGUACUCUAGUGUACCAAAUUCAUGUGUAAUGAAAAUAUUAAUAUUAAAGAUUGUUAUUACAAUCAAUAUCUAGUUCAUGAAAGAGGGGG